AUGUCAGACGUUAGAUUAGGCUUUAUCGGCACAGGUGGCAACAUGAAUCGCCACUUGCGCGAGUUAACCGAGAUCGGCGGCACAAAAUUCGUUGCCUUCUGUGAUAUUGUAGUGGAGAAAGCGGAGCAGGCUGUUACCCAAUACGGUGGUAAAGCCUACGGGGACUAUAAUCAGAUGCUCGCGAGCGAGGAAUUGGAUGCCGUUUAUAUCUCAAUUCCACCGUUUGCCCAUGGUGCCCCCGAGCGCGCUGUCGUUGCCGCCGGACUGCCGAUGUUUGUAGAGAAACCGGUGCACAUGGAUGCAGCCGAGGCAAAGGACAUUGCAGCGGAAGUGGAAGAAAGAGGCAUCAUCACCGCUUGUGGGUAUCAGGAACGUUACCUUGAUAUUAUCGACAAAGCGCAGGAACUUCUCGCAGACCGACGUGUCGGAUUCUUUAUGGGCUACUGGAUGGGUGGUAUGCCCGGCGGAUGGUGGCGUGAGAAGGCGAAAUCCGGUGGACAGCUCAUGGAGCAGACGACGCACGAAUUUGAUAUGGCGAGAUACCUCUUCGGUGAGGUCAAAACCGUCUAUGCUGUCGCGCGUUACGAUCUGAUUCCGAAUACCGAUUAUGAUAUCGAGGAAGCCUCUGCCGUCUCGUUACAAUUUGAGAGUGGUGUCUUCGGUGUUAUGUUCUCUGCUUGCUUCACAACGAAUGGGAUGCGGCGUUCCGGCUUAGACAUUUUCUGUGAGGACGGUUCACUUGAAUACCAUCUCCGUAGCGCGCUUGUGCUCUCUACUGCUGAUGAGACGACCACGUGGAAUCCGCAAAACAAUUGCACUAUCGAAAUGGAUAGCACUUUUAUUGACGCAGUCCGCGCAGGUGAUGGCAGUGCAAUCCGUUCCCCCUAUUCGGAUGCCGCCAAAACCGCUAUUUUGUCAAUCGCUGCCAAUCACUCUUUGGAAAACAGGUGA